CUUGUGGAAGUUAAGUAAACGUUCUCUCAUUUGGAGAAGUGAAAACCACUUUCCGGGAAAAUCCUAAUCGGAGCUGAGAAAACCAAACGGAAGAAAACGCUGAGUGAUGAUGAUGAGUGUCGGAGUGAAAGCUAGCGUGUGCUCUCCUUAUUCAUCGCUUUCGAUAUCCUCGAGGGAUUUUUCUUUCCCUUCCUCGUCAUCUCUCUAUGUUGGUAGGAAAAUUCUCCGACCAAGCUCCGGUGUUUACCUGAACCGGCGGUGUAAUUCCAGUGUACUGGCUGUUAUAGAGUCAAGCCGAGUGCCGGAGCUUGAUUCUUCUUCUGAACCAAUUCAAGUGUUCGAUGGAACGACAAGGUUGUACAUAGCUUACACUUGCCCAUUUGCUCAGCGUGCGUGGAUUGCUCGAAAUUACAAGGGUCUACAAGACAAGAUAGAACUCGUACCGAUUGAUCUCAAGAACAGGCCUGCUUGGUACAAGGAGAAAGUUUACCCGGCUAACAAGGUGCCUGCAUUAGAGCAUAAUAACCGAGUGAUAGGAGAGAGCCUUGACCUGAUUAAGUACAUUGACACCAAUUUCGAAGGGCCUUCACUUACACCUGAUGGUGUAGAGAAGCAAGCAGUCGCUGAGGAGUUACUCUCCUACACCGACUCCUUCUCCAAGGCCGUUAGAUCCACAUUUAAUGGCGCCUAUAAUGAUGCAGCAGAUGGUGCAUUCGAUUACAUCGAGCAGGCUCUUUCCAAGUUCAAAGACGGACCUUUCUUCCUUGGCCAAUUUAGUUUGGUUGAUGUUGCGUAUGCUCCAUUCAUAGGUACAUUUCAGAUCAUCUUAAAGGAUGUAAUGAACGUGGAUAUCACAUCUAGCCGCCCUAACCUAGCCCUUUGGUUUCAGGAAAUGAACAAGAUUGAAGCUUACACAGAAACCCGUCGAGAUCCACAAGUUAUAGUUGAAAGAUACAAGAAACUAAUCCAAGCAGAAGGACGUCUCUAAGCAGAUAGUUCUCCGGCGUUUCUCCAUUUGGUCAUAUAAGAGAAGAUAUUGUAACCAAGAUUUGUUUUAUAUAUAAUUUAUAUAUUGUCUCGGGAAA